AUGGUUGUUGGUCGUGCUCUACAUUUCGUUUUCAAAGUCGCCGACAGAACUUUGACCGCAAAGUUUUACCGGGAAGUUUUAGGAAUGCAGGUAUUACGUCAUGAAGAAUUUUCGGAAGGUUGCGAAGCUGCAUGUAACGGGCCAUACGCGAACCGAUGGAGCAAAACCAUGGUGGGGUAUGGCCCAGAAGACAAUCACUUUGUAGUGGAAUUAACAUACAAUUAUGGUAUUACCCAUUACGAGCAUGGCAAUGACUUCCUCGGCAUCACAAUUCAAUCCAGUGAAAGCUUAAAGAGGGCAGCUGCUACAAAUUGGCCAGUAAAAGAGAAAGACGGCUUGAAGUAUGUAGAAGCACCUGGUGGUUAUAAAUUCUUCAUUAUUGAUAAACCACAACCAGUUGACAAAGAUCCUGUUGUUAAAGUUUCCUUGGCUUGUUCAAAUUUGGCGAAAUCAAUAGCGUAUUGGAAUGGCCUGCUAUCACUCAAGAUGUAUGAGAAGAAAGACAAGUCUGCAAUUCUAGGAUUCAGUGAUGACCAAGCUAAAUUAGAAUUAGUUGAUAUUGGUGGCCCAGUGGAUCACGCGAAAGCGUACGGCCGCAUUGCAUUCUCUUGUCCCUUCGACGAGCAGCCAAUAAUAGACCAGAAAAUCCAGGAAGCCAAGGGCAAGAUCCUCACCCCCCUUAUAUCCCUCGACACGCCUGGAAAGGCCACCGUUCGGGUAAUCAUUCUAGCAGACCCGGAUGAUCAUGAGAUAUGCUUUGUGGACGACGAGAGUUUCCGUCAGUUGUCCCAAGUCGAUCCUAACAGUGACGCGGAUCUAGAUAAAUAUAUUAAGGCGGACAAAUCCAGGGCGUAA